CACACUCCUCACAAGACAAAACAUAAUCUCUUCAGCCCAGCCGCGCCGCACCGCACAUUUUUUAGUCGAAAAAAGUUUCCAAACGAGGUUUCCGAUGUCAUCUUCGUGGAAUUCAAAGGCCGCGCUAACUAAAUCGACAAAGCAACAUUGGAGUGUGGUGACUCGUAACUCUGUUUUCUGAUCCAACCGGGUGGCUGAAGAGGGUUUCUGAAAAACUGGAUAGCUGAGGAGUUCUAUGGUGAAACUGGGUUGAAUUUGUUGGAUUGUGUUUUAUAUAGAGCAUGUAUGAUGUUGUCAAAACUUGAGUCUGGAAAAGAUAGUGAUGCCGGAAAUUCCAGUAAUGCUCAGUUAUUGCGUGACAUUGAGGAAAUAAGCAGAGCCCUUUAUUUGCAUAAAAACACUACUGAGGAUUUGCAUCCCCCAUCCCAAGUUCGAUCCCAAUCAGCUGGAAAAACGCGAUUGCUGGAAUCGAAAUCAAGCUCAAACCCAAAGCUUCCUAGGGAUGACCUGUUGUUGUAUAGGGACAAGAAAUCAUCAUUAUCAUGGAAUUGGAAGAAGCCAUUGAAAGCCCUGACUCAUAUUGGGAAUCGAAAAUUCAAUUGCUGUUUCUACCUCUAUGUCCAUUCAAUAGAAGGGUUGCCUACGAAUUUUGAUGGCUUUAAUUUAUGCGUGAAUUGGAAAAGGAAGGAUGAGGUCUUACGGACCCAUCCGUCGAGGGUUUGUCAGGGAAUGGUUGAAAUUAAUGAGACUCUGAUGCAUAGAUGUUCUGUGUAUGGUAGUAAAAGUGGGGCUCACCAUUCGGCAAAGUAUGAUGCCAAGCUUUCCUUAAUCAGUGUUUCUGUAAUUGGGAUGGCAGGGCUUGAUAUUGGGAAGCACUGGGUUGAUCUCACAAGGCUUUUACCACUUACUAUGGAAGAGUUAGAGGGGGAGAAAAUUUCUGGUAAAUGGAUGACAAGCUUUAAGCUCAAAGGCAAGGCUGCUGGUGCUAGUCUCAGUGUUAGUUUUGGGUAUUCAGUCAUGGCGGAUUACUUCAUGAAAAUGAGUGAUAGUAUGAAUGUUUCAAAGCAUAUAAACUUUGGAUUGAACAGAUCAAAAACCAUGGAAAACAGUGUAGGUUUCCUGUCGGGUAAUAAUGGUAUGCUCCCUCAGGCUGGGGGCCUUCGAAAUAAUUUGAACGUUACAUCUGUGUUGUCAUUGCAGUCUAUUGAUCCAGGGUUGGAGCUCUCCACGUCAAUAAAUUUUCUAUAUCAGAAACUUGGUGAGGAAAACUUGCUUAGUUCAGCAAGGUCAAAUUCUGAAGAUGUGAAGCCACUUAAGCUUAAGCCCGAUAUGAAAUCUGAGUUAUCUGAAGAAAAUAAUGGAUAUGAGUGUGACAACAUUGAUUUUACCAUUAUUGAGAGGGGGAUAGAAAUUCCUGGGCAGGAAGAGUUGCAAUCCGAUCAAGCCACUGUUCAGACUAUUGAUGGGUCUGUGAUUGAAACUAUCAGUGUGGAUGAGGUCAUCAAGGAUGAUGACAUAUCCAUUGAGGAGGAGGAGACUAACUGUAUUUCAAAGGAUGACGUUUGUGGUGAUUACUUAAAUGAGGUUGUCGUGGAUGACCACAAAUAUGAGGAUAACAGCUUAUCUACCAGAGAUUCAACAGUAGGAGAGACAAAAUUAGAUCUUCAUCACCCUUGGCACUCUAAAUCAACAGAAUUGGAGCCUCCACCAACUACAUCUGAGUUCCUUGAGGAUGAAAAUAUGAUGGAGGUUAAAUCAAGUUAUGAAGAUAAAAAAAUUCUAAAUAAAUCAAGUACCUUAGAUGAUGAUACUAAAACUGUAGCUAGGGAUUUCUUAAAGUUACUGGGGAUCGAACAUGGCUCAUCUCGCUGGUCGUCUGAAAUUGAUUCUGAGUCUCCUAGAGAGUGUCUUUUAAGGCAGUUUGAAAAUGAUUCUCUUGCUUCCGGCAACUUCAAUAUUUAUUUUGAUCCAAUGGAAGAGCAGUCGGAUUUUUCUUUCAGUGAUUCACCUUGGUCUACCUUUGGGGAGUGUUUUGAGGACUCUGAUUUGUCUUCAAUUAUUCAAGCUGCUGAAGAGGAGCUCAACAGGGAUAGACAGUUACCGAGAAAUAGAAGGAAGGCCAAAAUGCUUGAAGACUUGGAAACCGAAGCCUUGAUGAGAGAAUGGGGCUUAAAUGAGGAGGACUUUAAGAGCUCUCCACGAAAUUGCUCUGGUGGAUUUGGAAGUCCAAUCCAACUAGCCCCCAAAGAGCCACUUGAGUUACCUCCACUUGGAGUAGGCUUGGGUCCAUUUGCUUGGACAAAAGGUGGAGGCUUUCUGCGGUCCAUGAGUCCCUCACUUUUCAGAAAUGCAAAAAAUGGUGGAAGCUUAAUCGUGCAAGUUUCUAGCCCAGUCGUGCUGCCUGCUGCGAUGGGUUUUGAUAUUAUGGAGAUAUUACAGCAUUUGGCAUCGGUUGGAACUGAAAAGAUGUCUUUGCUGACAAAUCAAUUAAUGCCUUUGGUGGAUCUUACAGGGAAGAUGAUAGAAGAGCUAGUGGGGAAUACUACAUCUAGCACGGUGGUGCCUGGGAGGCAGGCUCUGUUGCAGCAUGAAUCAGUCUUUUGGCUGGAUGCAUAUGGCGGAGGGGAGGAAGUUAAAGAAUGUCCAUCUGGUUGGAUUUGUCAAAGCUGGAGCUCAGAUUUGACCGGUGGUUUGGACCAUGUAUCUCUAAAAGAACUUGUGCCUUUGGCUAUGGAUAGGGUUGAAGCCCUCUUAAUAGAAGGACUGAGAAUACAGACUAACAUGUCUGAUGAAGAGGUGCCUUCAAGUAUAGAUUCUGCUUUUAGCAGGUUUCACAGGUCUGAAGGAUCUGCAGUAUUGCAACGUCUAGAUGUCAGAGGUAGUGGCAGUGAUGUUACAAGAUUAAUGGAUAUGUCCCUAACAUUGGAUAAUUGGUUGAGGCUGGAUGCUGGAAUCAUUGAUGAUGAAGAUAAAGAUAAUGAACAAAUUUUGGAGAUCCUAACAGCCCAUCAUGCCAAAUGCACAGAUUUUGUUGAUGAGUGGAUGACAAGAGACAAAAAAUGGGACAUAGGAUCUGGUCUAAAGCAUGGAUUGUUGGGGAACAAUCUCGUAGUUGCUCUCAUGCUGCAACUUAGAGAUCCCCACCGAAACCAUGAACCUGUCGGUCUCCCAAUGCUCGCUCUACUUCCAGUGGAUAGAAUGUUUGUACCUCCAAUACAAAGGGUGGAUAACAUGGUCAGCAACAAUAAAGAAGACCCCAGACACGUAUUGGAGGGGUUUGGUGACAUGAAUGCAGUAGAGAAAAAUGAAGUCAAAGAAGGAAGCAACUCUCAAUUCAAAAUUGCUGAAGUCCACCUUGCAGGUGUAAGUUCUGGGCCAGGCAAGUGCCAAUUUUGGGGUACCGGCACACAGCAACAGUCAGGAUCUCGAUGGUUGCUUGCAAAUGGCAUGGCUAAGAGCAAUAAGCAACCAGUUUCAAAGUCGAAGGAAAUUGUAAUAUCAUCGCCACUAGUGAGAAGCGCAAGGCAGUCAGGGGAUAUCUUGUGGAGCAUCUCAUCUGGAGUGCAUUGCAUGAGAAGUAAGUCAACGAACUCACCUAUUCGGAAUCCUGAUGUCAUCUUCCCGGAUGAAACUAUCAGGUCACAUCACUUGCAGCAUGCAACUUCUAACUAUUCUUCUUGAAGCUUUUGCAGUUGGUUACUUUUCUUUGUAGAGUGAACACAGGAGACAGGCACAGCAUAUGGCAUAUUAACUUGCCUGUGUGUUGACACAUGUUUUCUACACAUACAAAUAAACGUCACGAAUCCAUCAAAAAAUAAUAAACGUCAUGAAGCCUUUGAAAAAUAAACUAACAUCUGUAUACUGACACUGAUGCCUGAUUUUUUAUUUAAUACGACGGGCAAGCUCUCUUUAAAUCCACCUCUGGGGUGGUAAA